CGUCAGAAUCAAAACAUUGGAGGCCAUGGAUGACAUUAUAGCAGGUGACUGACUCCUUCUCUCUGCCUCUCGCACACCUCUGCCUCACCACACUGCCUGAGAGAUGAAGAGGGAGAGCCACAGCCUGCAGGAGACGCUGUGGCACGAAUACUGUGGUGAAAUAAUAGGAGAAGUGUGGGAAAUAAGACAUGAAGGAAAAUUUGCUCAUUGUGACUAGUCAUCGUAUUGGGUCACGUGAGGGUAUGAUAGAAGCAUGCAUGGCCUAUGAAGGGGCACUGGGUGAGCCAGAGGACUUCCCCAAGACAGAUGAGCCCGUGUGGAUUUUAGGAAAGCAAUACUCCACUCAUAAAGACUUGGAGGAGAUCCGGAGAGAUGUGCAGUCCCGUAUAUGGCUGACAUACCGAAGGGGCUUUGCACAGAUUGGGGACUCCGGCUACACCUCGGACAAGGGGUGGGGCUGCAUGCUGCGCUGUGGACAGAUGGUGCUGGCAGAGGCCCUGCUUAGGAGACAUCUGGGUCGGGAGUGGACGUGGGCACCAGAGACCAAAGACGAGACAUACCUCAGGAUCUUGCACAUGUUUGAGGACCACAAGUUAGCCACCUUCUCCCUGCACAUCAUCUCCCAGCUUGGGGUGGACGAGGGGAAGCCCAUAGGGGAGUGGUACGGCCCCAACACAGUGGCCCAGGUCCUCAGGAAACUGACGCCCUUUGAUGAAUGGAACAACUUCAGUGUCAACGUGGCCAUGGACAACAUUGUCAUCAUGGACGAGAUCAGGUGCAGCUGUCAGACAGAAGGGGAGCGAACCUGGCGGCCCCUCCUGCUCUUCAUUCCACUCCGCCUUGGACUUGCUGAGAUGAACCCUCUCUAUUUCUCCGGCAUCAAGAAAUACUUCAAAAUGCCGCAGUCGCUUGGACUCAUAGGAGGGAAGCCCAACCAUGCCUCGUACUUCAUUGGUUUUGUGGGGGACGAGGUGGUGUACCUGGACCCACAUACCACCCAGGAGGCCGGCACAGUGGGCAAGAAGGUGACGGAGGAGGAGGAGGACAUGGACAGAUCCCAUCACUGCAACUUUGCACAACGCAUGCCACUUGAGCACCUGGACCCCUCCCUGGCCCUGUGCUUCUACUGUGGCACAGAGAAGGAGUUUGACGAUCUCUGCAAUCGCAUCAGGCAAGAACUUAUUGAUGCAGAGAAGACGCCUCUCUUUGAGCUGGUCCCCACCCGGCCUGCCUACAUGCGGGAUGAUGCCACGGGGACAGGCGCCUCAGGCAUCAGUAUGGACUUGGAGGAUCAUCGGCUGGACUCAGAAGAUGACGAGGAGUUUGAGGUCCUGCAGUGAUGACAGACUCAGAGGUUGUAAGGCGGUGGUGGUAGUGAUGGUGGGCUCGACUCCCACUGGUGGCACUGUAGUGUCCCUCCUCUCUUGGGCCUUUCCUCAUAAAUCAUAUUGUAUUUUUUAUAAAUGCUCUUUCCUUCAUACUGGGUCCAAAAAAAGAUGCAGGUGUUUGAUAAAAGUACACUACAAUGAGAAAAGUUUAUAAUAUUGUUUUUUUUUUUUUUUUUUCACUGAGAUUUUGAGAUUUAUGUAUGUACAGAAGUUUGAUGUCAGCUUGGUAUAGAGAUAGGCAGAUCCAUCGCUUGUAUAUUCUCCGGUUUCCAUUUCCGCAACAGAGUUUAAUUUGUUAUAGUCAUCCUGUCACUAGAUGCAUGAUUAUUCUGGUUUCUACAGCUCAUCUGUCACUGGUAUCAAUACAGAUGUAAUGAAAUCAGGACUGGUGGAGUGGGUAACAAAUGCAGUGGGAUGGUUUGGUUACAUUGAGAAGAGUGAGGAAUUUGUAAAGAGAGUGAAGUUGAAGGAUCUAAUAAAAAAAAAAGAGCCAGUUAGAAGAUAGAGCAAGGCAUUAGAGAGAUAAUGAUAUGCAGCGAGACCUGAAAAGAAACCCCACUAGUCCCAAAUGCACUUAAUUCUGGGGCAAGAGUGAGGAGUUUGUGAAGAAAUUGAGUGAAUGUUCUUAUAAGGGAAGACAGAACAAGUCAUUGGGGAGAUAGAAUGAUAUACAGCAAGGUGCCAUGAUUAAGAGACUCACCAAUCCCAAAACCACACAAUUCUGGGAGAAGUUUUAUGCAUCAAUUGAUACCAGACUCCAAGGUUUUCAGUUCACAUCUCACUCAUCACUGCCCUCAUCCUUUGUCAUGCUUCCUGUAGCUCAUGACUGCAUUUAUUACUACCAUCCACAUCAGGCAUCUCAGAGACAGUUGAAGGGGACACCAGUGGGAUGACAGUGGCCUCUAGUGAAGGAGUCGAGGAUAAUUUUGUGUGGGAACAGUGUAUAACUGUAUUGGUGUCAGUGCUUGUGUGAGAGGAACUCCUAAGCUUGUGCAGUUGCCUAAAGAAGUGGUUAUAUUCCAUAAGAUUUUUGUGACUAAAAUUUAUUUAUUUUUUUUAUGUAGGAGGGACACUGGCCAGGGGCAACAAAAAUCCAGUUAAAAAAAAGCCCAUUGAGAUGCCAGCUCCUGAAUAGGGUCGGAAGCAAUAGUAAAAAAUUGAGGGAUAAGUGUCUUGAAACCUUCCUCUUCAAAGAUUUUAAGUCAUAAGAAGGUGGAAAUACAGAAGCAAGCAGGGAGUUACAGAGUUUACUAGCAUUUAGCAACCACUUUUUCCUGUUAGAACAUGAGAGAAUAGAAGCUGCAAGAAGUCCUCAUACUUACACUAUCUACCUGUCUGUAUAUCAAGUCAGGGUGACCCAAACAAAGCACCACACACUCAUACACACAUCAUUGACACUGAGCCCUGUUGGCCCCUGGUAGAAAGGGACAGGAGGAUAGGUAUUGUAUAGUUGAACUAUAUAUUCCCUGUUUCUUCUUGGUUUUUACAGAGCUCUUAAUAUAAAGCAGCAUAUUGGUUCAUUGACACAUUUCCAUUCAGUUUAUAACCUUUAGUGGAUUCUCUGACAUCACUUCUUAGGGUAACUGUAUUUCAAGCUAUUAUUUUUCUCCAGUGUUGAGGUGAUGAAUGAACCCUUGAACUUUUUACAUGUGCUGUUGGGAAUUCCAUUGAAUGUAUGUGGUACGCUUUUUUUCUUUCUUCCACGUGUAAGUUAAUCUUCCAUUUCACGUCGUUUGGAUGUCAUAGUCUGUAGGCUGGUGAUGAUGAUAAUGAUGUGUUACUACCUAUAGCUACUUGACAGGAGGUUUUAGGAGAUAUAUGAAGUGUUGUUAUGCUUGCAGGUAUUCUUUAGAUCGGUACUUGUAGCCGGAGCGUUACCACUGACCUGCCACGAGGAUUGCAGACACCGAACCUUUGUGUUGAGUUGUUGUUGUGUCAAGGAUGCAUGUCAGACACCACUGUUCUUGUGUUGCACGUUAGCAACACUUUGUUCUCUCUUAAGUAUAAAUGCUUGUUUAUCACACACACACACACACACAUACAUACACACU